AUGGACUACAUGCCUGGUAAGCGGCUCGAUGAAGCAUGGGAUACUUUAGACUCCGAUCAGAAGCACGCCAUCUCCUCCGAGCUUCACUCCUACAUAAAUCAACUUCGCGACCUGAAGGGUGACUAUAUUAGAGCUAUCGAUCGUGGCAAAGUCAUGAUGGGACAGAUCGCUUCAAUUGAAGGCGGUCCGUUUGAUUCCGAGAAGCAGUUUAACGAAUUUAUAUUGGGAGACAUUGUCAAGUCGGCACCAGAUCUACUGCGGCAUUAUGCCAAAUUUGCGCUUAUGGAGGACCAUGAGAUUGUUUUCACUCAUGCCGAUUUGUCACCGCGUAAUAUCCUCGUCGAAGGAGGCCGGGUCACGGCUAUUCUUGACUGGGAAUAUGCAGGCUGGUAUCCGGAAUACUGGGAAUAUAUUCAGGCACUUCGGCAGCUGCAGCCGAUGCCUGACUGGCCGGAAUAUCUAUCACGUAUUCUUCCACCGCGUUAUGAGAGAGAAUACAUAAGAAUGACUUUCUUAGCUCGUCUUUUACGCCAUUAG